AUGUCCGAAACCCAGCAGGCAGAACAGGUCACAGAGGCAAAUCAGCCUCAGAAACUCGAGAUUGAGAAGACCGAUCUACCAGCAGAGUUGCAAUCCGUCAGCGAGCAACUGCAACAAGUGUCGAAAGACUACAACGAGGCGAUCACAUCCGGAAACAAGGAGCCAGCAACGGAACUCCGAAUGAAACUGAACGACCUACGCAAGCAGGCACACCAGGGAGGCACCACGCACGGCAUUUCAAACGCAGGAUACUUGUUUGAACUGUGGAUCGAGAUCCAUAAUCGCACAAACCGAAUUCUGUACAAUGAGGGUAACUGGGAUGUAAAGCAUGGAUGGUUUGAAUCUGACGCUGUUGGAGACAUUCAACCUGGCGGCAUCGCUUACAUUCAUAUGGCUGCGGCUGGCUUGAAUGGAAUCUAUUGCACGGCCAACUUUCAAUUGAAAGGAGAUAAUCACCUGACUUGGUUUAACUGGAAGUACCAGGCCGACGGGAAAGCUGCCGUGGUGAAUUGUGGUUCGGAGAAGAGUUCUUAUACGAUCAAUGGUAGGAUUGUUCGUUUUUAUGUGGGCUAG